AUGUGGGUCGCAGCUCUCUGUCUGUGUUUGUGUUUGCGGUCCCUGGCGGGCCCCGUUCCGGCACACCGGGCUUCUGCUCGCAGUAAACUGUUGCUCGUCUCUUUCGACGGUUUCAGGUGGGACUACGACAAGGAUGUGGACACGCCACACCUGGAUGCAAUGGCGAGAGAAGGGGUCAAAGCCAAAUACGUGACCCCUCCGUUCAUCACCAUCACUAGCCCAACACACUUCACCAUCCUGACAGGUAAAUACAUUGAGAAUCAUGGAGUGAUCCAUAACAUGUGGUUUAAUACCAGCACGUGGGAGAAGAAGUCAUACUACAAAUCACAGUUUGUGAACGAAUGGUGGGACAGCGGCAGUUUGCCCAUAUGGGUCACGGCUCAGAGACAGGGUCUAAAGGCAGGUUCCCUCCAUUUUCCUGGGACAGCGUCUACUUAUCAGGGUGAAAGUGCCUCCGUACGAGAGGUGGAGCCCGAAAACUACAAUUACAGCAACGAGACCGCCUGGCAAGAGAACGUAGACAAGGUGAUGGAGUCCUGGUUCCGGGAGCAGGAUCUGGACUUUGUGUCUAUGUACUUUGGUGAGCCUGACAGCACCGGACACAAGCACGGCCCAGACUCACCUGAACGCAUGGAGAUGGUCAAACAGGUGGACCGGACCAUCGGCUACCUGCGCAGCGCGGCCGAACGAAACGGGCUGACCGAACGCCUAAACAUCAUCAUCACCGCCGAUCACGGCAUGAGCACCGUUCUUCGCAACGGAGGGGUGGAUGAAAUCGUCCUCUCUGAGAUUCCCGGCUUCUCGUUCAGCGAUCUGGACUUCCACAUUGUGGACUUUGGACCGGCCGGAAUGCUGCUUCCUAAAGAGGGGAAACUCGAUACGGUGUACAACGCUCUGAAAGACGCUCACCCGCAUCUGCACGUCUACAAGAAAGAGGAAAUGCCCGCUCGCUUGCAUUUCAGCCACAACGACCGCAUAUUACCCAUCGUCCUGUGGGCUGAUCUGGGAUAUGUCAUCAAUGGGUAUCUGCCGGUGCAGUUCUAUAAAGGAGAACACGGCUUUGAUAACGAUGAACUGGACAUGAAGCCGUUUUUCAGGGCGGUGGGACCAGACUUCCAGAAUAAUCUGGAGGUGGAGCCGUUUGAGACUGUGAACAUCUACCCGCUGAUGUGCCACCUGCUGGGAAUCACACCUGAGCCCAAUGACGGGCACCUGAACAGCACCAGACACAUGCUAAGGGCAGAAGGUGAGACCACCUGA